AGGGUAAUCCGAAGGCAACUGGUUCGACUCCUCCUGCUGUUGCUGCAGGCCAAGGUGCUGGCCAAGUCUAGCCUGUUAACUAGAGGGGACUUUCAGCUGUAUAGGUCUGAGGCACCAUUCUGUAGCCGUUUGGUUUACCAGCCCAGCCUGCCUAUGGAAGAAAUGGAAGAAGAGUUAAAAUGUCCGGUGUGCGGUUCUUUCUAUCGAGAGCCUAUCAUUCUGCCUUGCUCUCACAAUUUGUGCCAAGCGUGCGCCCGCAACAUCCUGGUUCAGACCCCGGAGUCUGAGUCUCCCCAGAGCCGUCGGGCCUCCGGUUCUGGGGUCUCUGAUUAUGACUAUCUGGACAUGGAUAAGAUGAGUCUAUACAGCGAAGCGGACAGCGGCUACGGCUCCUAUGCAGGUUUCGCCAGUGCCCCCACCACUCCCUGUCAGAAGUCCCCCAACGGAGUCCGAGUGUUUCCCCCGGCCAUGCCACCCCCUGCGGCCCACUUGUCAGCAUCUCUGGCCCCAGUUCCUCGCAACUCCUGCAUCACUUGUCCACAGUGCCACCGUAGCCUGAUCCUAGACGACCGGGGAUUGCGCGGCUUUCCUAAAAACCGCGUUCUGGAAGGGGUCAUCGAUCGCUAUCAGCAGAGCAAAGCUGCGGCCCUCAAGUGCCAGCUCUGUGAAAAGGCGCCCAAGGAGGCUACAGUAAUGUGCGAACAGUGCGAUGUUUUCUACUGCGACCCAUGUCGGCUCAGAUGCCACCCGCCUAGGGGACCUCUGGCUAAACACCGACUGGUGCCCCCAGCCCAAGGCCGGGUUAGUCGGCGGCUGAGUCCCCGCAAAAUUUCCACCUGCACGGAUCAUGAGCUGGAAAACCACAGUAUGUAUUGCGUCCAGUGCAAGAUGCCUGUGUGUUACCAGUGUUUGGAAGAGGGGAAACACUCUAGUCAUGAAGUCAAGGCUUUGGGGGCUAUGUGGAAGCAGCACAAGAGCCAGCUCUCCCAGGCUCUAAAUGGAUUAUCAGAUAGAGCCAAAGAAGCAAAAGAAUUCUUGGUGCAACUGAGAAAUAUGGUUCAGCAAAUCCAGGAGAACAGUGUUGAAUUUGAAGCCUGCCUGGUAGCCCAAUGUGAUGCUCUCAUUGAUGCUCUUAACAGAAGAAAAGCUCAGCUGCUUUCCCGAGUCAACAAGGAACAUGAACACAAGCUAAAGGUUGUACGAGAUCAGAUAUCUCAUUGCACAGUGAAAUUGCGGCAGACUACUGGUCUCAUGGAGUACUGCCUGGAGGUUAUCAAGGAAAAUGACCCCAGUGGCUUUUUGCAGAUUUCUGAUGCACUCAUUAGAAGAGUGCACUUGACUGAGGAUCAAUGGGGAAAAGGGACUCUUACGCCAAGGAUGACAACAGACUUUGAUUUGAAUCUAGACAACACACCUCUGCUGCAGUCCAUCCAUCAACUUGACUUUGUACAAAUGAAAGCUUCCUCUCCAGUGCCAGCAGCUCCCCUGCUACAGUUGGAAGAUUGUUGCACACAGAACAACAGUGCUACAUUGUCAUGGAAACAGCCACCUUUGUCACCAGUGAUGGCAGAAGGAUACAUUCUGGAACUAGACGAUGGAAAUGGUGGUCAGUUUAGAGAGGUGUAUGUUGGAAAGGAAACAAUGUGCACGGUGGACGGUCUUCACUUCAACAGCACGUACAGUGCUCGAGUCAAGGCUUUUAACAAAACAGGAGUCAGCCAAUACAGCAAGACCUUGGUCCUUCAGACAUCUGAGGUUGCCUGGUUUGCCUUCGACCCUGGCUCUGCACACUCUGACAUUAUCUUCUCCAAUGACAACCUGACUGUGACCUGCAGUAGCUAUGAUGAUCGGGUUGUGCUAGGAAAGACGGGCUUCUCUAAGGGAGUCCAUUACUGGGAGCUGACAGUUGAUCGUUAUGACAACCAUCCAGAUCCUGCUUUUGGUGUGGCCUGCAUUGAUGUGAUGAAAGAUAUGAUGUUAGGAAAGGAUGACAAAGCUUGGGCAAUGUAUGUGGACAAUAAUCGGAGCUGGUUCAUGCACAACAACUCACACACCAACAGAACUGAGGGGGGGAUAACAAAGGGAGCCACAGUUGGAGUCCUUCUCGACUUAAAUAGAAAAACCUUAACGUUUUCAAUCAAUGAAGAUCAACAAGGUCCCAUUGCCUUUGAGAAUAUGGAGGGUCUAUUCUUUCCUGCUGUCAGCCUGAACAGGAAUGUGCAGGUAACACUUCAUACUGGACUGCCAGUACCUGACUUCUACUCCAGCAGGGCAUCAAUAGCGUAACAAGAGCCCUGCUCGGAAGCCAGCUGCCUUUAUUCAAUCCUAGUUGAAAGUUGCUAAAUUUAUUCAAGAUCAGACCUGAUGACAGUAAGGGGGAAAAAUUGGACAGUUCACAGGCUGUUAAAAUCGGUGAGAAGUCGGAAGAAUAAAGCUGGUCUUCUACAUUCUUUGUAUUCUAUAACUCUGCCAUGUAUCCUCUCAAUAUCUCCAAUGUUAACAUGUCUGCAUUGGCUUUGGUGUUUAGCUCUUUUGAUCAAUAAUAUACCUAGAUAUACUGCAGUGUUAUUCUGUGUCCAAUUUUAGGUUUUAUGUUAUUUCAUUUGGGCUUUAAAUUGGGCGAGCUAUUUUCUCUUCAUGAUAGUGCUGCCAUGCUAAGAGAAAAUGUUCAUGCUUACUUUUCCCAAGUUUUCCCUCAAACAAUGCUAUACUAUAAAGAAGAAUGACUUUAAAAGAAAUUUUGAAGAUGUGGCUAGUUUGUUCCCUAUUGAGUUCUGUGUAGGUACAUGUAGAUUGCACCGAGUAUCAGACAUAACUUGGGCAAGGUAACUAAGGUUACCAAGGAAGGGUGACCUGGAUAGUUUCCCAGGGCUUUGAUAUUUAGAAGGGGCAAAAAUUAUAAAUAAUUUUAAAUGGUUGCAAUUUUAAAACUUCUUACAUUUCAAUUUUCUUUAUAAUACCAUUGCUCUUUCUGCAUAUAGGAACAAUAAGUAGUUAAACUAGGAACCUACCAAUUAGCUUGCUUUGUUCCAUUGACUGACACAAACCAGGUCAGCUCUUCUUGCCCUGGUUAUUCUGUUGUCCAAUGACUUCCCCAAAAUUCUCCUUGUGAUAUCCUGGUAUCUCCCUCUAUGGGCUCUGUUGCUCCUCUAUAGGGCAGUACUCCAAUCAUAUCUGGGGCCUCUUUUUCCACAAAGCUCUCCUAAAGUCUUCCACAAAGUGGUACUGGAUUCUACCCCCACCUCCACCGAUAGGGAACCAGUUUCUCAGGGUCUCUCUGUUCAUAUAGCAGUGCCCUGAGAGGGUCCCUAACAUGCCUAGCGUUAGGGUCUCCAAUCUCUACUUUUAAUUUGAGAGUACAUUUAGUGUUGCUUGCCCUGGGCUCCAAGAUUGCUAGUUAGGGCUCUACUAAGCAUUAAAUGAUUUUGCUAUAAAUUAGCACAGCAAUAUCAUCCAUAUAAAAAUAAAGCUUUAUGAUCUGUCCAGAACCUUGUAAUCAGAACGACUAGUCAGUCUUUGAAACCAGUCUAAUUUCUUGUGUGAUGGCACAUGGUAUCAGCAGAAUGUGACUAAAGUUAAAUCAAACAAAAAUAGCCUUUCAUUAAAGUUGCUAUAGUAGGAUAGCAAUAAGUGCUACCAUGGUAGGCCAUACGUGUAUUUUCAGUUCUUCUGUUACUUUUUAUGCCCCCACUGGAACUAUGCUACCAUAUAUCAUGGAGUCUUUCUCUGGUCCAAAUGAUAUUGGCAUUCCAAUAUGUCAAAAGUGCAAAGAAAGUCCAGCCUUAAAAUAAUAGCUCUGUGAGGGCACUCCUUGUUGUUUCUGUUGGAGAGAAUUUGCCAGCAAAGGAUCUUUUAACAUCAUCCACAAUCCAUCCUUAGUAAAUUCACAUUCCCCAUAGAAUAUCUAAAAUUGUAAUCCAUGGUAUUCGUGUUCUCAGGAAUUUGCUUUUUUGACAUUAUACUUGUACCCAUUCUCCCAUGCCUACCAUGAAUAAAAAUUUUAGUUUACUCUGCUAUCACUCACAACUUAACUUUCUGGGAGAAAUCUGACUAGGGAGAAAAAAAAUAGACUCUUGUUAUGUAUGACUCCAGAAUGUUAACUCUAUUUCUAUAUAGAAUUAAUUGCAUGAUAUUUUCAAUGACAUUUCUUUGGUUUUCUUCAUUUCAUAAAACAUGUUAGACAAACUUCAAGAAGUAGGGGAGAAAGUCAUGUUUAGUUGUACAAUGAUUUAUUUGCCAAUGUAUCAAGAAGUCAGUAAUGGAUUCAAAUGGGGAAAAUGGCAAAAUGAAGUUAGCUAACACAUUAGUGUUAUAGAAAAAAGGGUGUAAAUAACCACUUUUAACAUUCACUUUUUACCUGUUACAUUGUUCUUCAAGUUUAAAUUGGCCUAAUGUAUUGAAUGGGUGCUAUUUUGUUUACAUCCAUUUCAGUUUUUCUUCGCUACAGAAAAACUCUGUUGCAGGACAACACUAGUUUGAUAUUUGUUUUAAUUUCCAAUGAAUCUCAAUGGCUGGACCACUAUAGACUCAUAGUGACUGUUAGUUCUUUAUGGAAUUGUUUCUGCUAAUUAGAUUUCUAGUACUCCUAAUACAUUGUUUAUGUUGUAUUGUGUUUGUAGGUGCAUAUAGCUGUUGUACUAAGAAAUUAUCACACUUACCGUUCCAAUAAAUAACUUUUAUGAGAGAACA